UAUUUCUGCUCCCAGGUGGCACCCCAGGAUGGGAGAUGCUUUGCUGCCAGGUCAGACAGGUGCCUCCUGUAUUUCCUGCCCAUGGGCUUGGGCUCCUCUUUGCAAGCAUCAGUUGCUUGCACCAACCCCCAUCCUGCCCUGCUCUCAUCCUCCUCACCCAAACGCAUUUGCAGCACAGCCACAGCAGCAGGGAUGCAGGUUCCCAGCACAGGCUGCAAUGCUGGGGUGCUGAACUCUUUCUCCACCCUCCCAAAAAGUUCCUCCCCAAACUCAGCGGCUGGGAUUGAGUCACCGAAACGCCGUGACAUCAGCCCGUGGUUUUUCUGCAUUGCUUCCUGUUGUGCCCAGGCAGCUCGCUCGGUGAGCAGUGCUGGAGAGCCAGGAGCAGCGGCGAGGCCCCGAGAAGAGGAUGAGAACAUGGGGCUCAAGUUAUCCUGUCUGAAAGGUUUGAAGAUGUGUGUGAGCAGCGGGAAUGGCAGCACCGGGACCCCAGAGCCGGAUGGGAAGCACCUCCAUGUGCCCUCCAUCAUCGUCACACCACCCACACCCACAGGGACCAUGUUGUGCAGGGACACAAGGAGGGCGACGGGGGGGACGUCACCACCCUGCAGCCAGUGCUGAGCACCCAGAGGGGACACCGACAGCUUCAGUACUGCUCCAGGGCUGAAUCCUGCCCUGCUGGGGGUGAUGCUUCCUGGUGUGCUGCUUCGCUGGAGAGCCCCAGGAGAAGACGGCGUGCAAAAGCAGAUGGAAAUUUAAUUUUUUAAUGACAGCAGCAGAUGGCAAAAGACACAAAAGUGUAUUCACACCAUGUCAGAGCCAUUUAUAAAGUGCCUGGCGGAGCUGCAGCGUGUGCUGGUGGCACCACGGGUAUAGCAAUGGAUGGGGGAUCGUCUCCUGCAGCCCCCAGACCUACCCAGUGUGGGCUGAUGGGACCUGCAGGGUGGUGGGGAGCGCUGGUCCUUUGGGCUCAAGACGGAGGCAUGGAUGGGUGGAUGGAUGAGUAUGGGUGAUUGGA